CCUCCCCGCUGGUGUUGGCCUAGCCUUGGCUCCGCCCCCUCUGAGCGCGCGCAGCGUGGCGGGAAUUUUGCCUGUUCCGGAUUUGGACCCUACGGAUUCUGGAGCCGUGAUCUGUACCGCUGGGGGCGGGUCCUAGGAACUGGAAAAGUGAGCAGGCCAUGAAGUAAACAAUGGAUAACUGUUCGGCUGCAUCGACGUUCCUGACCGACAGCUUGGAGUUGGAGCUGGGGACGGAAUGGUGCAAACCCCCUUGCUUUUCUUGUGCUUUUGACAGUAGAGGAGGAGGACAGAGUUUUUCUGGAGAGUCUUACCUUUCCAGUGGAGCCCUUAAGCGGCUAAUUUUGAAUCUUGAUCCUUUACCAACCAACUUUGAAGAGGAUACAGUGGAAAUAUUUGGCAUUCCGUGGGUUACUGAAACUGCGUUAGUUAAUUCAUCUAGACAGCUUUUUCACUUAUUCAGGCAACAACUGUACAACUUGGAAACCUUAUUACAAGCCAGCUGUGAUUUUGGUCAAGUAUCAGUCCUCCACUGCAAAGCAGACAGUAUUAGGCAACAGUGUGUAAUAUUUCUUCAUUAUGUUAAAGUUUUCAUCUUCAGGUACCUGAAAGUACAAAACACUGGGAGUCAUAUUCCUGUCCAUCCCUAUGAGGCUCUAGAGGCUCAGCUUCCCUCAGUGCUGGUUGAUGAGCUUCAUGGAUUGCUCUUGUAUGUUGGACAUCUGUCUGAACUUCCCAGUGCUUCUAUAGGAGCAUUUGUAAAUCAAAACCACAUUAAGCUCUUUGCACCAUCAUGGCACCUGUUACAUCUCCACUUAGAUAUCCAUUGGCUGGUGCUAGAAAUUCUUCAUAUCCUGGGUGAUAAAUUGAAGCAUGUUGUAUAUGGUCAUCAGUUUAUGAAUCUGGCAGGUGACAAUUUAACCAAUGUCAGUCUAUUUGAAGAACAUUGUGAAAAUCUCCUCUGUGAUUUAAUAACCCUGUCACUCAACAAGUAUGACAAGAUUAGACCUUCAGAGGCAUUAUUGAGUCAGCAUUGCCCAUGUCCAUGCAUUAAAGAGUUAUGGGUUCUACUCAUUCAUCUCCUAGACCACAGAAGUAAAUGGUCUCUCUCAGGGUCAUUUUGGAACUGGAUGAAUAAACUGCUUAAAACACUCUUUGAAAAACCAAGUGACUGGAAACUACCUGUGCCUGUGAUCCAGUCCAGGGAUCCCUUUGGUUUUAGUUGGUGGAUUAUUACUCAUUUAGCAUCAUUGUAUCAGUUUGAUCGCCAUGGAGUACCAGAUGAAAUGAGACAAAUGGAAUCAAAUUGGAACUUUGUAGAAGAACUGCUGAAAAAGUCCAUCAGUAUUCAGGAUGGUAUACAAGAAGAACAAUUACGAAUGUGUCUUCACUGUUGUUUGACACUUUGUGAUUUCUGGGAGCCAAACAUUACAGUUGUCACCACUCUAUGGGAAUAUUAUAGUAAGAAUCUGAAUAGUUCUUUCAGUAUUUCUUGGCUUCCUUUGAAAGGCCUUGCAAAUAUCAACAAGUCAUCAUUGUCUAUGCUUGAAAUGGUGAAGACCUGCUGUUGUGAUAAACAAGACCACAACCUUUAUAAGUCCAGCAGUAGUUAUACCAUUUUCCUUUGCAUUUUGGCAAAAGUUGUUAAGAAAGCAAUGAAGAACAAUGGCCCUCAUCCUUGGAAACAAGUCAAAGGAAGAAUAUAUUCUAAAUUCCACCAAAAAAGAAUGGAAGAACUAACGGAAGUUGGUCUGCAGAACUUUUUCAGCCUUUUUCUGUUGUUAGCAGCUGUUGCAGAGGUGGAAGAUGUAGCAAGUCAUGUUUUAGACCUUCUGAACUUCCUCAGGCCUGCCUCUAUAACAUCUUCUCAAAGGGCCCUCGUUUGGAAGGGUCAGAUGGCCUUGCUCCUGAUGUAUGUCCAGAAAAAUCUGGACAUUGGUGUUUUGGCUGAGAAAUUGUCAGGCGCUUUCCGGGAGAAAGCAAAGGAGUUCUUAGUAUCUAAGAAUGAUGAAAUAGGGCAGAAACAGACUCUCUGGACACUUCUUUCCAUCUACAUUGAUGGUGUUCAGGAAGUGUUUGAGACCAGCCAUUGCUUGCAUCCUUCCCAUGAAAAACUGCUUAAUGAUGGAUUUACUAUGCUUUUGCCAGCUUGUCGAGAAUCUGAACUUAGGACAGUACUGAACUUUCUGCAAGCUGUUCUGGCCAGAGUCAGGAGUAUGCAUCAACAAUUGUGUCAGGAGCUUCAAACGGAGAAUGUGGACCUAAUUGUACAGUCUUCAUUCUCGGCUAAAGAGCGCCACCUUGCUGCUGUUGCCAAUGCAUUAUGGAGACAUUUCUUUUCAUUUUUGAAGAGUCAGAGAAUGACACAGAUAGUGCCUGUCUCACAACUUGCAGAUGCAGCUGCAGAUUUUACUUUGUUAGCAAUGGACAUGCCCAGCACAGCUCCCUCAGAUCUUCAGCCUCAACCAGUUAUAUCAAUGAUUCGGCUUUUUGGUUGGGAUGAUAUCAUCUGCCCCCAGGUUGUUGCAAGAUAUUUAAGUCAUGUCCUACAAAGUAGCACGUUAUGUGAAGCACUCUGUCAUUCAGACUAUGUAUCUUUUCAAGCCUUAACUGUAAGAUCAUGGAUCCGUUGUGUUUUGCAAAUGUAUAUAAAAAACUUCUCUAUGCCUGAUGAUUUGUUCACUGAUAUAAAUCCUGAACAGGCAGUUGAGAAAGAGUACAUGGAACAGUUGGCUGAACUGACAAGGUUGCUAUUCAAACUACCAGAAGUAAAGAGUAUUUUCACAAAGGCUCAAGUUGAAUAUGUAACCAUCUUAGAAGACCCUAAAAAAGCACUUGUUCAAUUCCUUGAGGCUGUUGGCAUAACUUACAGGAAUCUACAGACACUUUCUGAUAAAUCUGCCAUGGUCACAAAAUCCUUAGAAUAUCUUGGUGAAGUAUUAAAAUAUAUAAAACCUUAUCUGGGAAAAAAAAGUUCCAGUGCUGCAGGGCUGCACCUGACUUAUCAGAUGAUGGGAAUUCUUGUUAAAUCAUGGGCACAGAUCUUUGCCACCUCUAAAGCCCAAAAAUUACUAUUCCGGAUCAUAGAUUGUUUGCUGCUACCACAUACGGUGUUACAGCAAGAAAAGGAGCUGCCUGCAGCUAUGUUGACUGCAAUUCAGAAGAGUCUUCCUUUGUAUCUCCAGGGCAUGUGCAUCGUGUGUUGCCAGUCUCAAAAUCCAAAUACCUAUUUGAAUCAAUUGCUAGGAAAUGUUAUUGAGCAGUAUAUUUGGCGGUUUCUUCCAGCUUCACCAUGUGGUUUAGGCAUAGGACAACAUCCUGUUUUGUUGGCAUUGAAGAAGCCAGCCACUGUUCCACCAAUGUCAUCUCUAAAGAAAUGCAUUGCACAAGUCAUAAGGAAGUCUUAUUUUCAUUUUAAAGGAUCCUCACCCCCUCCUCGCUUAGCAUCUGUUUUGGCCUUUAUCCUCCAACUCUCCAAGGACUCUAACCUAGACAUUUGUGAUGUCGAACUACUCCUCCCCAGUGUCUUAAAAUGCCUGGUAUUGGUCAAUGAACCCCAAGUUAAAAGGCUGGCCACAGAGAACCUGCAAUACAUGGUACAAACCUGCCAAGUGGGGUCAGAAGGAGAACCUGCUGCCCAACUGACUUCUGUGCUUAGGCAAUUUAUCCAGGAUUAUGGUACGACAUACAGUUACCAGGUUUACAGCAUCUUAGAAACAGUAGCAACAUUGGACCAGCAGGUUGUUAUCCACUUGAUUUCUACCCUCACUCAAUCUCUGAAGGAUUCAGAGCUGAAAUGUGGCCUUGGUAGAAAUAGUGCACAAAGGGAAGCCUAUAGCAAACUUUUAUCUCACCUUGGACAAGUCGGACACAAUGAGAUGCAGAGACUGGAAAAAUGAUAAUAACUAAUAUAUUUUGUGGUUCAUCCUCUCUAUUGACUGUCACAAUCUGAAGCCACUUUUUACCACUGUGACUCCUACUUUUAAUUAAUUGUAUAAUGUUCUUUUAAAAAUACUUCCUAAGAUUUUUUUCCUUACAUAUCUGUAAGUAUAAAGCAUAUACAUAAGGAAAUAAAAGGCUAAUUAACUAUGUUAUAGGAUCCUUGGAGUUGAAGAAACUUUUUCUAACUGGGAGUGUUUUCUUGGUUUGUACUAGUUGCUCCAUCAACUUUUUAUUUUGAUGUGACUUCCUGCCUUGAGACUUGAUUUGUGCAUGUGUUAUUUGAUUAUUUUGUUUUAAUUUUUGAGGUUUUUUGUUUGUUUUUUACAAUCUAUGUUUUAAUAUGAUACUUUUUCAAAUUAUCUGGCUAUCCUAUGCUGGUUUGGAGGGGGCAUAGAGGAGAGACUGUGUAAUUUAUUUUAUUUUUUGUUUUGUUUUCCCAUACUAUAUGUGAGGCAAGUUCAUAAAACACACUUAACUCUGUUAGCAAUAAGUCUUAACCUGGCUACAUGACUGUACAUAUAAUACCUACAAAAUUUUAAACCUAAGCCUACAGUGUUUAUGCUUAGGUUCCAGCACUUGUCAGAUUUUUUUUCUCUAUCCAUCCUUUCUUCCAGAAUUGUCAUUAAAAGACAUAUUACAAGGAAGAGAAGCAAAAGCCUCUAAGAAAACAGAAUAAAUAAUAAACUCAACCAUAUUUUAAGGUUAGAAACUAACAGAAGCAUAGGAGAAGGCAGCUGAUCUGUCUCCUUGUUCUUCAGUCAGAGCCUCUUAUGACUUAGCAUCUUACCAUUUACAGGGAGCCAGUUGUUGCAUUUAGUAACUCUUAUCUCUCAGCUUUUAACCGUAUCCUGUCUAAAUUGUUUGGAGCCCUGAUGGUGCAGUGGUUAAGAGCUUGGCUGCUAACCAGAAGGUCAGCAGUUUGAAUCCACCCGCUGCUCCUCAGAAGCCUUAUGAGGCUGUUUUACUCUAUCCUGGUAGGGUCACUAUCAGUUAGAAUCGACUUGAUGGCAAUGGGUUUUUAUUUAGAUUGUUUAAUUACCAAUUAGACCCUGUCCUUGACUCCUUUUGCGGUGAACAUCAUUUGUUAGAAAGAGCUUUAGUCCUAGCCUUGGGAACCUACUUGGGCUUCAGCCCUGCUCUGCAUUGUGACCUUGAGCAAGUUACUAAACCUUUCUGAGCCUAACUUCCUUCAUGGAGAAAAAAGAAUACCAAUUUCUUUUCUCUCUAUUUUACAGUAUUAUAAGAAUCAAGGGGAUAGUGUAUGUGAAAAUAUUUGGUCACCUGUGUUCUGUUUGGAGGUGUACAGAUAUGAUUACUACAAUAUUCAUAUACAGGAAAGGUAAAAAACACCUCUCAACUUUAUUCCUCUUUCUCUAAUGAUAUUAAAAAAAAAAAAAAUAAAGAUACAGCCUAGAUGAAUGAUCCUACUUUUUCAGUGUUUUCUUAAGUAUCAUGUUUGCUAAACUUGAAGUAAUUUAACAUUUUUUUCUUCAGACUCUAGUCUUUAUCAAGGUUCUAUCAUUUAUUCAAGAGAGCAUUUCAAUCCUUUUUGGGGGGGCUCUAGAAGUUUUUUUUUUUCCUAAUGAAAUACAAAAUACAUUACAAUCAGGAUUCUAUAGUUAAUAACGCCCUCCUAAUUCUAAUCUGCGAAGUCCAGAUGAGUGCCUAUUAUUUUCAUGACAUGCAAAUGGUCUAUUUUCCCUUUAAAUCAACUGUCAUCACUACAACAAAUGGAAUAAAUAAAAACCUCUUUAAGGCUACAUAAUAGACUUCUUUUAUUAUGGUAGUGACUUAUAUGAGUAGGAAUCGACUCGACGGCACUGGGUUUUAGUGACUUAUUAAACUAAUAAAGUAUUGCUUUGCGAGUCUCAGCAAUUGAAGAAGUUUAAUCUAUUUUUAAAUAAGGUGAUGUCUCUAAAGAGGUUAUAUAUGUGUAUAGAUAUAUUUAUUUUAGAAGGGGAAUUGAUAGAUAUCUUUGAGAAUCUUGCUCCCUAGAGUAUGAAUCUUUUGCAGGAUAAGAGAAGCUUCUACUGAAUCAUGCAUUAGGGUAUAUGUCUGUACAUGCUAAAAAUAGCUUGUUUGUACUUAAAAAAUCAGUAACAAAAAAACCCUGUAAUAAUACAUGUAUAUGUUAUGUAUUUGUGUAUAAAUAAAAUUUGAAAAAGUUGUGUCCUUAAAGAAAAUCUAUGAUUCAUAUCCUUUUCUUGAAAGUCUUCAUAACUCUUCACUUACUGCUACAGUCUUGUCUUCUUUCAUUCCCAGACUUUGAGUACUUUAUAGCCACUUCCUUAAUUUUUCUGAAUACUCAUUUUCCCCUAAAUAAGCUGUAAGUUCUGCAGCUGCUUCUUUCACCUUUGUAAAUUAGUAAGCCGUACAUCCUGUCUUGGUCAAACCUGAGAGUAUGUUCUCUUUUCUCCUGUUCUUUGGCCUCUCUGACGUUUACACUUUCCUUUAUCUUCUUCCCCUUCUUCAAUGAUACUGCUCCUUCCAAUACAUGUUGUUACCUUGAGAGCACCUUCACGUUCUUCUUUCCUUUCCCCAAUGGUAAGAUCUGGUUCUUCACCUACUCUUUCUCAUCACUGUUCUAGUAAUGAUCUGAUAACACUAGCGCAUAAUUUAUUCUCUCAAACAUAUUUCUAGUGCUAAUUUCUCACUAAACCUCUCUGGUAGAAACCUCCUGAAAUCUCAAGUCAACAUGGCAAACUGCCCUUGUCAGUAUCCAUUCUAGACUAGCUCCUGCUCUUUCCCAGGGAAUACACCAUUUUCCCAAGUCACUUAGUCUUGAAACUUCAGAGGCAUCUUGAAUUCUUCCCCACUUUCAGUUGAUCACCAGUACAGGCUGUAAGGCUGUUUUCCUUUUUGCAAUCUGUUGCAUCCAAACUGUUUUCUCUAUUAGGUACUAAAUUGUCAUUCUUCUUGCCUCUGGUCUCCUUUCCUGUACUUUAUUUUACACACAGUUCAGAAAAUAGUGUUCCUAAAAUAUUACUUUCCUUUUUUUAUUUUUCUGCUCAGAGACCUCUAAUAACUUCCCGUUGUUUACAGCCUACAAGCUAGUUUUCAAAUCCUUCAGGCAGGGAAAGACUCUGCCCUCUGAAGCUACCGUUUCUUUCCAAACUUACCUCCUUCCAAGCAGGAGACUCUCCUUGCUGUUUUUUCUAAAUGGCAUAUUAGUUCUGCACUCUGAGCCUUAUUCACUUUGCCAGCCUUAACUAUCACCUUUCCUAUAGAAACUUGACCUUAGGGCACUUAAAUAGGAAUAAAAUUAAAAUGUACAUUUUGUAUGCAUGAGUAUUCCAGCCAAAUAAUUUCUAUAAAAUACCAGAUAGAGUGCAAAAGAGAUGAUUGAAGGACAACAAGGUGAUGAAAUGAUUUUAUUAGACAUUCAGAUUUGGUUAUGAUUUAAAUUUCAGUUUAAUUAACAUUUAAUUAGGAGGUCUCUAUGGUGGAGGAAAAAACAUGGAGUAUUGUCUGCAAAAAUUAUUCAUUAUUGAGCUCAUUUGCAUUAGGAUAAUUUUGUAGUUUAAAACUUUUGUAAUAAGAUCUUAUCUAGUAUGUUUUCUCCUUAAGCAUGUUUGAAGAAAAUAAUAAUUUCUGGGUUCUUAUACCAUUUGUGGGUUUUCAUUACUAUCAUCAUUUUCAGAUUAUUGCUUCGUCACAAGUUCUUAAAUCUGCUUUGUUCUUAAAGAUGUACAUGAACCUGUUUCACUAUAUUUUUACAGAAUCUUUGACAGUUUUUAUUUUUACUUCCCCUUUGUUAAGAUAACUUGUUAUAUAAAAAUUUGACAAGCUUCUGCAGUUGGGAAAACCUUUAGGAAACCUGCCUUCCCCAAAUCCUACAUGUUAACAACAUAGUACCCAUGUUGCCAAGAUAGAAGAUAGAUAUUAUAGAAACUUCACCAAGAACUGUAUUGUUUAUCCUAAACUACUGCUCCUUGAUUGAUGGACUGUUUUACAUAAACCUGACAUUUUCCAAAAACUGAUGCCCUGCCUUAUUCCUGUGAGGAUUAAAAAUAUUGUCAAUCAAGAAUGUAGUAUGCAAAUAUAAAUAAACAUGCUUUGUUUGGUUAAAAUAAUUGCUCUGAGAAGCUAGCAAAAUAGCAUAUUCUUUCACAUAUUUAAUAGGAUAUGAGAUUUGUAUUUUGAUUCUGUAAUACCUGUACAGUAAGGUCUGAGUACCAAAAGAUUGAAAUUGACCAAUUUCUGCUAAUUAAAGUUUGUGGUGUAUAGAUAGUUAUCUAUUUUAUUGCAUUUGUAAACUGUGCUUUUAAAAAAAUCCUGGGCAUUCUUAAUAAGUUAUUUGAGUAUAUUAUAAAGAUAUGUAUAUAUAUGUGCAUGUGUGUAUAUGUGUAUGUAUACACACUCAUAUGUGUUUAUAUAUAAAAUUAGAAAUACAUAUAUUUAACCUAUACUGUGCCUAUGACCUAGUAUGUGAUUAUUCAACUUCCUUUUCUAUGACAGAUUGACUAUUUGAAAGCCAAAAUAAAAAUGAACCAUAAUACCUGAAGUAACACCUUGUAUUUUAUUGUCGCUUUUAUACUCUGCUAAAACAAUAGUUUUUCAGUUAUUGCUGAAGGGAAUAUGAUCUGCAUGUGGUUAAACUGUGAAGAAAAUAUGAAGAGAAAAAGUAUAAGAAGUACCAUAAUCAUAAUGCAAUUGGCAUUUUGUUAUUAAGGGUCUAAGGAUUUUUAUUGCAUUUUACUUGGAGAUCCUUUUAGAGUUUCAUGCCUUUGCCGGCUCUUCCUCCCAGAUAGAGCAAGAAUACUCUGCUGUGGGGCUGCUUUUUGUUUUCUUUUUUUAUAAACUCAAAUCCUGAAGUGAUGUUUAAAUGUUUGGAAGUCUUAUGCUCUUCAUAUGGAAAUUCAAAGCAAUUUAAUACUUUAAAUACAAACACAGUAUAACC